UCUCCGUUGGUUAUGGUAGAUAAUCGUGGAUAACAAAAUGUCCAACAAAUUUAAGAAAAUGUCAAAACGACAGAAAUAGUCCAGUGAAAUGACAAAAUAGAUUAAAGAGGAAUAUUGACCUUUAAGUAGUGGGUAUCUAAGUCAACAACCCUCUGCACAAAAAUCUUUAGCUUUAAGAAACGGAUUGUAAUGGAUAGUGUUUGUCUGCUAAACGCCAUUACUAGAUCUGCCAUUUCCUCCGAUGACGACGAACGCGCGAAGAUCCGCGCUGCGACGAAGAUCUUAAAAAUAAAAAGCCAUAGGAACGAUGCUGUCCUCAAAUUUGAGAGAGAGAGGGCUGCGGAGGCGGCGGUGAGAGAAAGAGAGACGCUGCCGAACAACGAUCUCUAUUGAUCACGAACGGUGGUUUGCAAUAAUGGCGGAUCACGAUCUCCAACGACGACUGAUCUUGGCAAAGAUCCGUCCUUGUGUUGUACGACGUUCUCUGGCCACGAGAAUUGCGAAUCGCGAUCUCCAACGGCAGCCGAUCUUAGCCAAGAUCCAUCGGGUGUUGUGCAACAUUCUCUGGUCUUCGCAGUUCACAGAUCUAGUUUGCGACGACAUCUUGUCGGAGUUUGGUUUGCAGCAGCGACCUGGUUCUUAGCAACGGCAACCGCCGGAGAAAGAGAGGAGAGAGGCGGCGGUGAAGCUCAACAAAGAGAGACUAGAGAAAGGCAGAAGAGAGAAAAAAUCGAAAGAAGUCUGAAUCACACUAGAAGGUGCCUGAGAACCGAAAAGUAUAUAUAAGAAGCCUCACGGAGAGGGAAAAGAAUCAGCAGAAACCAGAAAGUGCGUUGGAUUUCUGACUUCUGUUGGUUUGAUUGGCCAAGUAUAUAUCUAAAUGGCGCUCCAUUCUAAAAUAUUCUCGGAUUUUACAGCGUUUAGAUUCAGAGAACAAGAACAUCAAACCUCGACGGCCUUCAAAAUUCGAAAUGGCUGUUCCGAAAGUAAACGAGAAUUUGCUUGGAGAACUUGAAUCAAUGGGAUUUCCACUAGCUCGGGCGACACGUGCACUUCAUUAUUCUGGUAAUAUUAGUAUAGAAGAUGCUGUGAAUUGGAUAGUUGAUCAUGAAAACGACGCCGACAUUGAUCAGAUGCCCUUGGAAACAAUUGAUAUUGGAAUUGAUUCAGAUGAGACUUUUCAUAUGACAGAAGAGAUGGAAAGAAAAGCACAGCUAUUAUGGGACCGAGCACGAAUCAAGAAGGAAGAAGAAGAAAAGAGAUUGGAACGAGAAAAGGAGAAGGUGAGGAUUCGAUCAGGUAAAGAACUCAUUGAAGCGAAGAGAAUUGCAGAAGAAAAUGAAAGAAAACGUAAUUUAGCCUUGAGGCAAUUAGAGAAAGAGGAAGAGAAAAGAGCAAGAGAGAAAAUUCGCUGGAAACUGGAACAAGAUAAGUUAGAGAGAAGGAGUAAGCUUGCAAUGGCACCAAAGAACCUUGCAGCUACUAAAACUUCUACUACUGACGAGCAGGAAAAACAGAGCUCAUUUCCUGUCAAGUCUUUUACGAAGGCUGAGCUAAUGAGAGAGUGUUUAAGGUCUCUUAAGCGCAAUUAUAUGAAUGAUGAUGCCAGAGUUAGAAGAGCCUUCCAAGCUUUGUUGAUUUAUGUGGGAAACGUCGCAAGGAAUCCUAACGAAGAGAAAUAUCGGAAGAUCAGAAUGAAUAAUCCAUUAUUUCAGGAGAGAGUUGGUAGUUUGAAAGGAGGUGUUGAGUUUCUAGAGCUCUGUGGGUUCGAGAGAACAACAGAAGGGGGAGAGUUUUUGUAUCUUCCUCGCGAUAAGGUUAAAAUCGCAGUGUUAAACUCAGCUGGUUCGGAAUUGAAGUCCGCCAUCACAAACCCCUUCUUUGGUCUUCUAAGCCGGAAAGAGGAUGGUUCAAUGAAUAUUCAUUUUAUGUAACAAUGAAAGGAACUGAAUUUGAAUAUAUAUAUAUAUAUAUAUAUAUAUGUAUAUGUAUAUAUGUGAGGAUGUAACAAUGAAAGUUCAGGGAAUUGUUUGACUAGUUAAAUCAUUAUCAAGCAUUAGUCAAAUGCUAGAAGAAAAUUUGGACAAAAUGUACGUGGAUUCUGUAUGUUUAUUUUUCUAGCUAAAUCACCAGUAUAAACAUCAAAAGCUCAACAUAAGAAAAAAGCUGUACGAUUUAGGCUUUUAACCAGAGUUUUCUCGUGAUUUUGUCAUGUUUGAUCCACCAAAUACGAGUUUUUGUGAAUUCUGUACG